AUGUUGGUCCCACCGGAAAUGAUAGCGGUGCAGUCGAAGCUGAUCUACCAGAUGAACAAGUACUGCGCCGACCGGGUGCAGGCCCGGAAGGCCCAGAUCCACAAGACGAUCCAGGAGGUGUGCCGGGUGGUGCAGGACGUGCUGAAGGAGGUGGAGGUGCAGGAGCCGAGGUUCAUCUCGUCGCUGAACGACUACAACGGGCGGUACGACGGGCUGGAGGUGGUGUCGCCGACGGAGUUCGAGAUCAUCAUCUACCUCAAUCAAAUGGGCGUCCUCAACUUCGUCGACGACGGCACGCUGCCCGGCUGCGCCGUGCUGAAGCUGAGCGACGGCCGGAAGCGGUCGAUGUCGCUGUGGGUGGAGUUCAUCACCGCCUCCGGCUACCUGUCCGCGCGCAAGAUCCGCUCCCGCUUCCAGACGCUGGUGGCGCAGGCCUGUGAUAAGUGUUCGUACCGCGACUCGGUCAAGAUGAUCGCCGACACGACCGAGGUGAAGCUGCGCAUCCGGGAGCGCAUCAUCGUGCAGAUUACGCCCGCGUUCAAGUGCGCCGGCCUCUGGCCCCGGUCCGCCUCGCACUGGCCGCUCCCGCAGAUCCCCUGGCCCCAUCCGAACAUCGUGUCCGAGGUGAAGACCGAGGGCUUCGACAUGCUGUCGAAGGAGUGCAUCGCGCUGCAGGGCAAGAACUCCGCCAUGGAGGGUGACGCCUGGGUCCUCAGCUUUACCGAGGCCGAGAACAAGCUGCUCCAAGGUGGCUGCCGGAGGCGGUGCCUCAGCAUCCUGAAGACGCUGCGCGACCGGCACCUGGACCUGCCGGGCAACCCGGUCACCUCGUACGUGAUGAAGACGCUGCUGCUGUACGAGUGCGAGAAGCACCCGCGCGAGAUGGAGUGGGACGAGAACUGCAUGGGCGACCGGAUCAACGGCAUUUUCCUGCAGCUGAUCUCGUGCCUGCAGUGCCGCCGCUGCCCGCACUACUUCCUGCCCAACAUGGACCUGUUCAAGGGCAAGUCGCCCGGUGCGCUCGAGAACGCCUCCAAGCAGGUCUGGCGGCUGACGCGGAUCAUGCUCACCAACUCGCGGUGUCUCGAGGAGCUGUAAGGAGAGUGCGGGAGUUAGGACGGUCCAGAGUCUGAUGUGAGGGGCACACAAAUGGGGCUAGCAGCUAGCUAGGAAGCUGGAUCGGAGGGAUCGGUGCAAAACAAUACAAUUUCGAAACAGAGUACGAUAUGUAAGCAACUACAAUGGCGGACUCGCCUAUAAAGCUUUCCCAUGCGCAAGGGCAUUAGAGAUGAGUUGGGGGGAGCUGGGGAAAAUAAUAGGGGAGCAUUGAGGGAAUGUAAUCCCGAGGUACUACUAACUAAACUCUAGCGAGGUACUAAAUUAUUACGCAUGUAUACUAAAUACUCUUAGCUAACUAUAACUGGUAACUUAUAUCCGUGUAACGUGUUGACUUCACCGGUGAAACAAACCGAGUGAGCCAUAGCGCACACGCCCUGCCCAGUUGCUGGUUCCUCCUCGAGGACCGGUGCCUACCAUCGUCGCCGGAACUCCCAAACGUCCCAGUGGAGUGUGUAGGGUAGCAGUGGUGCAGGCGCAAUGCGUUGUAAAAAUCGAUUCUAGACUAGCAUUUCGAGAGGAGAUGUAGAAGAAGAAGAAAAACUAGCGUACAUGGUAAUGGAAAGGUAGAAAGUGGUGAGCGGAAGAUCCGGGAUUUCCUAAAAGUCCCAAGCCGAGGUUUAGGGUUCGCGGCGAUAGGACAGGAGUCAAUACCAACCGUCGGAGAUGCGGAGUGAGGUGCUGAGCUGUGGUUGUGAAAUUCACAACCGUACUGGAAGAGGAAAUGUACGCGGAUGCAAUCGAAGACAUGAACUCUAAGAAUAAA